AUGCUAAUGGCGGCGUUGAAACGUCUGACCAGUCAACAAGAGAUGCCUUGCAAGUUGUUCUUUCUGAUCGAUGGUCUUGAUGAGUUUGAUGGAGACCACGAAGUCCUCGCAGGUUUUUUCAACGACAUGUCAAAGAAUUUCGUUCAAAACAGCAAAAGCACAGUCAAAAUUUGUGUCUCGAGUCGACUAUAUGUCGUUUUCCAGGAAAACUUCGCGGGCUCACGGAUGUUGAAGUUGCAAGACCUGACACUUCCGGAUAUCGCCCUUUUUGUACGUGAUAGAUUCCUUAAGGACGGAACUUUCAAAAUGCUAGCAGCUCGAGAGCCUGAAGCAACCACUCACCUCAUUCAAGCUGUGGUCUCAAAAGCCAGCGGCGUCUUCCUCUGGGUAUUCAUCGUUAUCAAAGAUCUUCUCUGA